CGAUAUGAUGCGAAAACACGAACGUUAGUGAACGUUGGCGAUGCUAAAAUGCGGUACAAAUCAUGUGAAUAACAUUAAACAACAUUGUUUUUGAACUAAAUAAAAAUAAUAAUAAACAUUUAAAUAUUAGUAAAACGACACACAAUAAUAAUUGACAAUGACUCACUAUUGUAAUAACAAUUGAAGCAAUUAACUAAAUAAGUGUAAUUGGUCACAGCACCGCCGGUUGAUAAAAUUCUAACCUGUGCAUUCGAAAACUCAAUGAAAUGGCGGUGGGUACAACAAAAGUUGUCCAAGUGACAAAUAUCGCUCCACAGGCAACUAAAGACCAAAUGCAAACGUUAUUCGGUUAUCUAGGCAAGAUCGAAGACAUAAGAUUGUAUCCAACAAUACGUGAUGUUGCUGUUCCGGUUCAGUCACGGAUUUGCUACAUUAAAUUCCACGACCAAGGCAGCGUAGCAGUUGCCCAGCACAUGACCAACACCGUGUUCAUUGAUCGUGCUCUGAUCGUUAUUCCCUAUCAGAAUGGAGACAUUCCUGAUGAGCAGCGUGCUCUUGAGCUUACCAACAAUGGUACUGUUGUUCCAGGCCUGUAUCCUUCAGAACCAAAACUACCAGCAAAUGUCGUCAAUUCAAUAGAUGGAAUUCCUCCGAAUCAUUUGAUCUCGACGAUAGACCCAAAGCUGGAUGCUCAUGGAUUACCACCGUAUCCGCCUUUGCCAGGACAUCUCGACAGUAGACGUAUUGAGGAAAUACGAAGGACACUAAUUGUCGCGAAUUUAGAUCCCUCUGUUUCAAAUGAUCAGUUGUUGGAAUUUUUUGGUAACAAUAAUAUAGAAAUAAAAUAUCUGAGACUCUGCACAAGAGACUCUGAUACUGAUCACUAUGCACUGAUUGAACUUAAUGAGCAAGCUCAGGUAGUUACAGCUCUUAUGCUUAAUGGUAAAUUGAUUGCUGAUAAACCAGUAAAAUUAUACCACUCGAUGCAAGCGAUAUCUAAACCAGAAGCGAAAAGCAAUGAAGCAGCGCAGAAAGAAAUUGAGGAGGCAAUGUCGCGGGUAAAGGAAGCACACAACCUUAUAUCUGCCGCCAUUGAUCCGAUGAUUGGUAUGCUAUCGAAAGACAAACGCAGCCGCAGUGGAUCGCGCAGCAGGAAAUCAAGAUCACGGUCACGAGGCAGACGUCGCUCGAGGUCACGCAAACGUUCGCGGUCACGGCACAGGAGAUCGCGGUCCCGGCAUCGACGGCGCUCACGGUCACGCUCCAAACGUCGGUCGCGCUCCAAGGAUCGUAAGCGCAAGUCUCCGUCACGCAGACGCAGCAGUUCUCGCAGUCGGGUACGCUCGCGGUCACGGUCCAGGAGAUCGCGGUCUCGACGCUCGCGUUCGCGGUCGAAAGAUCGUAAGAAAAAAUCAUCCCCACGCAGACGAAGUCGCUCGCGGUCCCGCAGCAAACGCUCCAAGUCCAAGUCAAGACGGUCGAGGUCUAAAUCAAAAUCGAAGUCCUCCAAAUCCAAGUACUCGGAAAAGUCUCGGGAUAAAGACAAGGACAAGGACAAGGACAGAGAUAGGGACAAAGAAAGACGGAGUAAAGAUAAAUUUGACGGUAAUGGUAAAAAAGACAGCGACAGGGACAAAGACAAAGACAGAGAUCGGGAUAAAGAUCGCGAGAGAAGUGAAAAAAAAUCAAGCAGGGAUAAAAAAGCUGACAAAGAGUCUAAAGAGAGAUCUGAUGAUAAAUCCUCGUCACGCAGUGACAGUAAAGAAAAAAUAGAAUCGGAAAAUUGAAUUAUUCAUAUCGUUUUUUUUAAUUGAUGUGCAACAUGUUUGAUAUAACGUAAUGUUUUACAAUAAAAAAUUAAACAUUACUUCCGUUUUCUUCUUGGAAGCGGUGGUUUUGAAAUAAAGUUUUCAAUUCUUUGAAUCGAUGGCCUGAAAAUUUUGAUUUUUAUAAUAUUUAUUUAACAAGUAACGUCAUAAGUAAUAAAAAUAUAAUUACCCAGGUACUGUCAGUGAGUCGUGAUUAGCAUAUACUGCAUGAGCUGUAUCGUCAUACAUAUUUUCAAUUUUAAUCGGCAUGGGUGAGACACGCAGCAAAUAUUUUUGAACACGUUCAGCAGUGGAACGUCGUUUUAGUUGAAGGAGCAUCUACAAAAAAAAAUAAUUAUUUAAAUAAUUCAAUAUAAAAGUUUAAAAAAAUGAUAAAAAAAAAUAUAUUUUAUAAAAUAAUAUAAGUAAUGAUAAUUAAAUAGAAAACAAACCACGUCGGAAUGAUCUUUCGAUAAUUGCUCAGACAUUUUUCCCAUCUCCAUCGAUUCACAAUUAUUAUGUUUUUCUCUUGUAUCAUCUAACUCAACUUCUCCUAUUAAAUUAGUUAUUAAAAAAUAAAAUAAUAAUAAAAUUAA